AUGGAAGGCCACGGAAAGAGAAAGGGAAAUGCUAGGCAAAACCCUGAAUACUCAAAUCCGCAGUAUUCAAACCCUCCUAGGAGUGACUUUACGGAGUCGGGCCAUGGAGAUGCCUACCAGUAUGGAGAGGACUUUACGGAGUCGGGCCAUGGAGGUUCCUAUCAGUACGGAGAGGACUUUACGGAGCCGGGCCAUGGAGGUGCCUAUCCGUAUGGAGAGGACUUUACGGAGCCGGGCCAUGGAGGUGCCUAUCAGUACGGAGGGGGCUUCAGUGCACAGGACGCAUAUCUGCAGUCACCAACACCUGCGCCUAGACCGGAGAGAAGCAACGCAUACCCAUUAUCAAGCUCAUCUCGACCAGGCCAGCAGGCCAGCAUGGAGCUUCCUCUCCGUCCAAGAGACGAGGUUCGGUCCUCAAGGUCUGAGAGUUCCAGAGGGGAAAAGUCUAAGUCCUCGAAGAAUACAACUAAGAAAUCGUCACGCAAGAAAUGA